AUGGGCCUGUUUGACGCCGAAAAACCAGUCUCGAAGCUUGACCGUCAUCGUGUCCUUGCUCCUAAGGGCGGCGUGCGAGUGUCUCCUCUCUGCUUCGGCGCCAUGUCGAUUGGAGACAAGUGGAAAGACAUGCUCUCUGGCGGUCUGGGCAAGCAAGCUACUUUUGAUCUCCUCGACGCUUUCUACAAGCUGGGUGGCAACUUCAUUGACACAGCCAACGUCUACACCGAUGGCCAAAGCGAGGAAUUCCUUGGUGAGUGGAUGGAGAUCCGUGGCAUUCGUGACGAGAUCGUUCUUGCUACCAAAGCUGCAUCACCUUACAAGAACCGCGAGCUCGGUACGCAUAUUGGUACCAACUUUGUUGGCAACUCGACCAAGUCGAUCUUUGUCUCGACACGCGACUCACUGAAGAGGCUUCGCACAGACUACAUCGAUAUCAUGUACAUUCAUUGGUGGGAUUGGUCCACCAGCAUCGAGGAGAUGAUGCAAGCGCUGAACCAGCUCGUGGUUUCGGGCAAGGUGCUUUACCUCGGUGCCAGUGAUAUGCCUGCAUGGGUGGUGAGCGCGGCCAACACGUACGCUCGUGCUCACAACCUGGCUCAGUUCGUCGUCUACCAGGGGAAAUGGAACGCAAUGGAGCGCGAUUUUGAGCGUGACAUUAUUCCGAUGGCACGCCAGUUUGGCAUGGCGCUUGCACCUUGGGGUGCACUGGGUCAGGGUCGCUUCAAGACAGCCGAACAGGUUGCUGAGCGAGAAAAGACCCAAGGUCCACUCCGCGAGGGUGGUGGAGCACUCACCGACAAGGAGAAGAACAUCUCGGCUGUGCUCCACAAGAUCGGACAGGAAGAGCUCGAUGGUCUCAGCAUCACUGGCGUCGCAUUGGCCUACCUCUUUUCCAAAUAUCCUUACGUUUUUCCGAUUGUGGGUGGUACCAAGAUCUCGCACCUCGAGGACAAUGUCAAAGCUAUCGGCGUGGUUUUGACCGACGAACAGAUCAAGAAGAUUGAGAAUACCGUUCCUUUCGAUAUCGGCUUCCCGCUCAACUUAAUCCAGCAGGAUCCUCACCUAACCGGAGAGACCCAAUUUAGUUUGCACGCACACGGCGGUCAUUUGGAUUGGGUCAAGCAUCCCAAGGGUCCUUCUUUCAAGUAG